AUGAGUGAUACAGGGAACUGGUGUCUUAUUGAAAGCGAUCCGGGGAUUUUCAAUGAACUUAUGAGUGGGUUUGGCGUUGAUGGCCUUGAUUGCAUCGAGGUUUAUGAUACUCGCAGUACCGAUUCAUUCAACGACGCUCUUGGUCUAAUCUUUUUGUUCAAGUGGGAUGGGAAUGGGCAGGACGCGUCACAACCACCAAAUUACACCGAGUCUGGUUCGAUUUUCUUUGCAAAACAGGUCAUUACAAAUGCCUGUGCUACCCAGGCCCUCAUCAAUGUUCUUCUCAAUUUGCCUCCUGCCUCACUGAAGCUCGGUGAUACAUUGACCGACUUCAAAUCAUUCGUUUCCGACUUUGAUAGUCAGAUGAAAGGCACUGCGUUGGCAAAUUGUGACAAAUUGCGUCUGGCACAUAACAGUUUCGCUCGUCCACAGGUUUUUGAGGUUGAUUUGAAUAAGUCCUGCAAGCCUGAGGAUAUCUAUCACUACGUUGGAUUUGUCCCCAUCAAUGGUGCAGUUUAUGAAUUGGAUGGAUUGAAACCAAAUCCCAUUCGCGUUGCAUCCGUUCCUGGGGGCGCGUCAUGGCUUGACGUCAUCCUCCCUAUCAUCACCAAGAGAAUGAGUGAAUGCACUGAUGGCAGAUUUAAUCUAAUGGCUCUUGUACCCAGCCGUCUGCAGAUGUACGAAGCCCGAGCAGCCGAGUAUCUGAUUAACCCACCCGCGGAUAAGGACUUGAUAGGGCAGAACGAGUACUGCAUCUUUGCAGAAAGGGCAAGAAUUGCCGAGCAACGGAGUGAGAACAAUCGUCGACGUCACAACUACCUCCCCUUCAUCAUCGAACUACUCAAAGUUCUCGCUGAAAAUAACCUCCUCACGGACGUCGUACACCGUGCCAAGGAAAGAUCCCAAAGCGUUCAACCUUCCACCAAGGCUUAA